AUGAUGGAACUUGAGCAAGUGCUGGCGCAGAUGCCGCUGCUGCUAUCUUACCCUGCUAUGCUUUUAUCACACGAUUUGAUUCUUACCCCGAAAACGUCCGCGGCAGGGGCCGCCAAGGACCAGCAGAUGACACAGGCUGUCCCGCUGCUGCUGCGGCACCUGGUGGUGCCGCUACUGACGUCGUGCGUCACGGUGUCGGUAACCCAGUACGUCUUGCGCAGCUUUAUGCAGAAAAAGGUACUGACGUUUCUGGUUGUGUUCAUCACACUGGCAUUGAGCUCCUUUCUGGGCCCAAUCCAAGCGUCGGUGCUGUCUGUGAGCUUGCUACAGAUACUGUUGGCGCAGCACGUGUCGCUGCGCUAUUACGUUGUGUUCCCCGGGCUGAGCCUGGCUAUGGACUAUGUUAACGGGGUCUCCUACUAUAAUACUGUGGUUUCAUACUGCGUUAUAUGCGUAUUUCUGCUGCUGCAUAGGAAGUACCGCAACGGCGCAGCGACGCACUUUGCCAAAUACCAAGUACCACGGCUUUUCUUCCUAGUGGUGUCGCUAGUCUCCCUGGUGCUGACUUUUGUAUGGGUUGAUUACGUUGAAACGGUGGACAUCAACUACUCGAUGUUCUUGGUGUUUCUCGGCUGUAUAUUUGUCGCUUUGGUAACAUUCCAGGAUGUGUCUAGAGAAAUUGAAUGCAACGACGGCAGCACUGCCAAAUUCGAGGUCUGGAAGGUCCCAUAUGCGCCAGCGGUGGUCGGAGUUCUGUCGCUAGGAUUACAGGUGCUCUCCUUCAAUAUUAUUUCGGCGACAUUCCAAGGCAACGUGAUUAUGUUUGUCUUCCUGGUGCUGAGUGCAGUUGUACCGCAUACGCUGGAGUUCAGUACUACCUGCUCCCAUGACGCUACGCAGGUUGACAAGCAUUGCGGGUUUGCGCAUGAACAUGAUGACAAUCACGCCCAGACAGAUUCACAAGCUCAUGAAAACUCCAGGUUCGGCGUGAAUGUUACCUACCUCUUGCAACAGCUUGCACUAGAUAAAGAAAACAGGGCUAUUUUCUCUUUCCUUUUGCUGAACUUCACCUUCAUGCUGAUCCAACUACUAUACUCCUUUCGGUCAAGAUCACUCGGCCUCUUAUCGGAUUCCCUGCAUAUGGCUUUAGAUUGUACUUCUCUUUUCCUUGGGCUUUUGGCUGGGGUCCUAUCAAAGAAUCCUGCAACUGACAUGUUUCCUUUUUCUUUAGCUUAUCUGGAGACAUUGGCUGGUUUUACUAACGGAGUUCUGCUAAUUGGUAUCGUCUCGAGUAUUUUCGUCGAGGCUGCAGGAAGAAUACUGCACCCUGUAUCACUUCACGGAACAAAUGAGUUGCUUGUUGUGUCUGUGUUGGGCCUUUUGGUUAACCUUGUCGGCUUGUUCGCUUUCGAUCAUAGCGGGCACGGGCACGACAACGAAAACUUGAAGGGCAUCUUUCUGCAUAUCCUUGCAGACACAUUGGGUUCCGUUGGGGUGAUAGUCUCCACCAUGUUAACAAAGAUGUUUGGAUCGCAGAUAUUCGAUCCUCUCGCCUCGAUUUUCAUAGCUCUGCUGAUAUUACUGAGCUCCAUUCCACUCGUAAAGUCCACCUCAGCCGGAAUGCUGUUGAGACUAAACGACAAAAAUCAUAAUACUGUGAAGGAUGCCCUCACCCAGAUAAUGUCUACACCCGGUGUUACAGGCUACACAACGCCUAGGUUCUGGCCACUAGUAAUGCCAGCCGCGGGCGGACAUUCGCAUGCACAUGGUCAUUCGCACUCGCAUUCGCAUUCGCAUUCGCAUUCACACUCGCAUUCGCAUUCGCAUUCGCAUUCACUACCUUCUACCUCUGAUCAAAAUGAUGCAUGUGGUGGCUCGGCUAAAGACAGAAAGCAGCUAAUUGGAUAUAUCCAUGUUCAGUAUCUCGAAGGUGAAAACUCAACUAUCAUUAAGAAGCGGGUAGAAAAGAUCUUCGAAAAUCUGGGCAUACAGGCUUGGAUUCAAGUAGAACCCAAUGAGUCAAACUGUUGGUGCCGCAUUCCAUCUUCCGUACCGAAGAGUGCUCCGUUGAUGUGA